AACAGACAGCCCAUGUGUUUGAAGUGUUUGAGCUGAAUUUGAACAAAUAAAAAAUAUAAGCAAGGAUGCUUGCUCCUGAAGUAUGGAACUUCAAGCCGCCCUCAGUUGCGCUCCAGAUUGAGAAGGACAAUUUGAAACGAUCGAAGCAUUUCGUGGAAGCUUGUAUUGCAGAUCAUCAUUUUAACCAUGGGGUUACUCUAAUUUCACCAUCGAACAACAAACUUCCUGGGAAUUUGACGUCUGGUCCGUAUUCAGAUUACUACAAAAUUUCUGACCUGCCAGUUGUUGAGUUAAUCAGGCCAGACUUUCUGCAUAAUUUUAUCCAGAAUGGUAAAGUGUCAAUGAUGAGUGUCGGCACAAAAAUCGACUGUGACAACUGUGUGAACAUCUCACCAGCAGGAAUGCUAAUCAUGUCUUUAGAAAAAGUGUCUUACGAAAGAUUGGGACUUGAAGGGAAGCCCUCGUUUUUCUGCAGAUUAAAGCCGCCCUCAAGAUACAUUGUCAAAAUUGAUCUGGCAGCCGAGUGCUUCAAGCCAAAGAAAAAAAAUUACGAGCGGGUCUUUAAAUGCUUAAUGCACAACCUCAAACUCAAAAUGGACUUUGCUGUUGCAUGGGAUCCUUCAGAUACAAGUGUCUGUACAUCAUCAAUAGCAGCUUAUUUUGAUAGUCUUGGCUAUAAAGUUAAGACUGGAAACAAAGCUAACAACGUGAGACAAAUGAUGGAAGUUCCCGUGCCUAAUGAUCUUUUGAAUGUUGAGAGCGAGGAAAUCGUUGGCUGGCUUGGUGCUGUUGUAACCGAUUGUGACGUCGCAAAAUGGUUUGAUUGUUCGAAAGAACUGCUUCAAGAGAAUGAUACAACAGAUCUUCCAGUCCGCGUGUACCAGUGGACUGGCUUUCACACCAGCCAGCAGAUGACUUUAUUUAUCACGGACGUCAUACACCACGUAAGAAAUCAGAACGAAAUUCCUUGGAUUGCGGUGCACGUGCAAGGCUUUGAAGACAGUGUCGUCACGUGGAAAACAAAUGAAAACCAUUUCCAUCAAUCUGCUGAGAAUUCCUACACGUUAAUCAUUGACCCAACAGAGCAAUAUCUAUUGUUCAAAACGCUAGGAGCGAACAGGAAAGCGAAAACUCAUUCAAAAUAAAGUUUUUUUGAUAGUUAA